AUGAAGAUGGGGAUUUAUUCAGCUGUGACUGAAUUCUUUCUGGUGGGACUUUCCCGAUACCCAGAGCUCCACCUUUUUCUGUUUAUGAUCUGCCUCAUCACGUAUGUGAUAAUUCUGCUGGGAAAUAGCCUCCUCAUUAUCAUCAGCAUACUGGAUUCUCGUCUCCACACCCCCAUGUACUUCUUCCUUGGAAACCUCUCAUUCCUGGACAUCUGUUACACAUCAUCGUCCAUUCCUCCGAUGCUCAUCAUAUUUAGCUCUGAGAGAAAAUCCAUCUCCUUCAUUGGCUGUGCUCUGCAGAUGGUUGUCUCCCUUGGGUUGGGUUGCACUGAGUGUGUCCUCUUGGCCGUGAUGGCCUAUGACCCGUAUGUGGCCAUCUGCAACCCACUGAGGUACCCCAUCAUCAUGAGCAGAGUGCUUUAUGUGCACAUGGCUGCCUGGUCCUGGAUCAUAGGCUGUCUGAAUUCCUUAGUGCAAACAGUCCUGACAAUGGUGUUACCUUUCUGUGGGAAUAAUGUCAUCGACCAUCUUUACUCCCACCUGACUGUGGUUAUCUUAUUCUAUGGUUCAGCCCUUUUUAUGUACAUGAAGCCCAAGUCAAAGGACACCAAAGUAUCUGAUGAAAUCAUUGGACUGUCUUAUGGAGUGGUAACCCCGAUGUUGAACCCCAUCAUCUACAGCUUGAGGAAUAAGGAGGUGAAACAAGCUGUGAAGAAAGUCCUGAGCAGAUAUCUGCAUCUGUGGAAAAUAUAA